GUAGUAAACAAAAAAAAAAAAGUAAAAUUCUUUUCCUUUUAAUUAAAUAUUUCUGUAUGUAAUAUGUUUAAUUAUUUUGAAAAUAAAGUACACAAUGAAUCAAGGAUUAUAUUGGAAAAAGAAAUUUCAAUUAAAUUUCAAUUACCUUUAUUGAAAUAUAAACAGUUCAUCACCGGUAUUCAUUUAUGAAUGAAAAAAGAUUUGCGAUUUUAAUUACAAUUUUAAAACAUAAUGAGUACAUGUAAAUUAAUUCAACGAAGAUGCUACGAUUUAUUGUCACACAAAUAUUCCCUAUUAAUUAUCGUCAUUGCAUUUACUUGCAUAUUUAUUGGAGUAAUCCAUUUUGGAGAGGUUUGGUUAGCGUGGAGUAAAGAAAAAUAUGAAGCUGUAUUUCAUUCAUUUAAUGAUAAUAUUUUAGGUAUAUCAUUUCAAAAAAAAUUAUGUCAACACGUUCCUAUUGACGUUGUUUAUACAUGGGUAAAUGGAUCAGAUCCAAUUUUUAUUGAUAAUUUAAAUAGAUAUGUAUCAAUAAUGGAUGUAAAUGCAGCUGCUUCGCGAUUUAGUGAUAAAGAUGAAUUGAGAUAUUCCUUGAGAUCAUUGGAAAUGUAUGCGCCUUGGAUAAGACAUGUUUAUAUUGUGACAAAUGGACAAAUACCAAGUUGGUUGGAUAUGGAUAAUUCACGUGUUACUCUAGUUACUCAUGAUGAUAUUUUUAUUGAUAAAAAUGAUUUGCCAACUUUUUCUAGUCCUGCAAUUGAAAGUCAUAUUCAUAGAAUUUCAGGUCUUUCGGAGAAAUUUAUCUACUUUAAUGACGAUGUUAUGCUUGGUGCAGAGGUUUGGCCAGAAGAUUUUAUUACUCAUGCACAGGGACAAAAAGUUUAUUUAGCAUGGUGGGUGCCAGAUUGUUCGGAUGUUUGUCCCUGGGCUUGGGUUAAAGACGGAGCUUGUGAUCCAUCUUGUAACACAACUCUUUGUGAAUUUGAUGGAGGAGAUUGUGAUCCAUUACCAUUAAUAACUGACAGUGAUGUUGUUGAAGACGAAAGUGAUUAUCCCUAUAAAUUCUUAAGAGAUACAAAUCAACGUAAUUUUGAAGCUGAACAAUUAUUAAAUUCUUUAAUAACACAAAGUUCAAAUUUUCCCAUUGCCAACACAGUGAAUUCCAUGCUUUUACGUGUUUUGCAAUCAAAAAAAAAUAAUACAGAAUUAAAUAAAAAGGAAAAUAAAAAUUUGAAAAGAAAUAUAAAAAAUAAGAAUGUGAAUAAAAAUGAAAACAAAACUCAAUAUUUAAUAAAAAAUGAAACAUUAUUUAAUUCAAUGGAAAUUAGAAAAAAAUUUAUUUCAAAAUUAUUGAAAGAAAAUAAAUUGGAAAAUUUCACAGCUACCGAGCGUCGUAGGCAAUUUAAACGUUUUUUAAAUGAUGAUAUUAUAAAUAUAGUGCAUGUGAAUAAUUCAAUAAAAUCACAUAAAUUAAAAUAUGCCGAUCAAUGGAAGAGAAAAUCAAGACAACUUGAUACAUACGCUGAAUCAUUAUUAUAUGUGAAUAGAAUAUAUAAUGCGGCAUAUAAAUUUGAAAGACGAAGAGUUCCCGCUCAUAUGCCACAUUUAUUAGAUAAAUUAAUAAUUAAUGAUAUGCAAAAGAAAUUUGAUUUUGAAUUUAAAAAAACGUCUAGUCAUAAAGUGAGAAGUGCAGAAGAUAUGCAAUUUGCAUUCUCUUAUUUUUAUUUUCUAGUCAGUGAGAAACGACAAUUAACUGCUUCAGAGAUAUUUGAUUCAUUCGAUACUGAUAAAUCACAAACUUGGUCGGAUAGAGAAAUUCGAACACUUUUAUCGAGGAUGCAUUCUCUUCCAUUAGAUUAUGGUUUGGUGGUGAAUUUUGAAAGUAUAAUUACAAAUUGUUCGCAGAAAGUGAAAAUUGAAAAUACUCCACUACCACCGCCUGGAGAACGAUAUUUAGAUUCAACUCUCCCGAUCGUUUCAAGGGAAUUAAUUAUAAAAUGUCCUUCGAUUGUUGAUAAGCUUCAAACUAAAUUUGGUGAGAAAAUGCGAUACAAACAUGAAAUUGUUAAAGCUGGAAAAAAUGAAAUUUUCGAAAUGUUGACGAGCAAUAUUUCAAUGACUGUACAAAUUUUAGAUGAAAUUCGCCGAGAACCAAAAAAAUUUAUCUGUCUAAAUGAUGAUAUGGAUCCAAAUCGAAGAUCAGAAAAUGAAAUUGUACGAGCAUUAUUAAAUGAUUUUUAUAGAUCGCUUUAUCCAAUUAAAAGUAGAUUUGAAUUACCAUCACAAUAUCGUAAUCGAUUUUCUUAUCGUCAUGAACUUUAUGAAUGGAGAGCAAGUCGUACAAAAGCGAGAAAUUUACUUUUAACACUCGUUGGAUUGUUAAUAAUUUUAACAGUCUAUCAUCUUUUUCAUCAUCAAAUUAAAAGAAUUCUCAGGAUUCGCACUUUACCACAUUUACUUGUUUGACAAUUUUAUGUGUGCGUGUGAAAAUAGUCAUUUUGUUUAUCAAAAAAAAAAAACAAUUUUCGAAAUAUUUCUGUGAUAGAAUGAGAUUUUGAAAUUAAACAUUGUUUCUAGAACUUUUGAAGAAACAUUUUAGGUAAGAAAUUAUUUUAUUUAUUUAUUAUUUAUUAGGGAAUUAUUUAAAAAAAAGAUUAUUUAAUAUUUUUAGAAUUAUAAUUUUUAGUGAAAAUGACUAGUUUUACAUCUUCAAAAUGGAAUUUUAAGUUUGUUUUUUAACUCUUAAUUUUUUUUUCCUUUUUUUUUGUGUACUUAACAACUUUUCCUUUGUUUUAAAAUACAUAAACAAUUCUAGUCUGUUAAAAAAAAUAAUUGCAAUUCUACAAACGCAAUGUAUAUAAUUGUUAAGAAAGAAACUAUAUUUAUAAACCUAAAAUAAAACGUGUGCAAGCUAAAAAAAAAGAAA